AUGAAAGAAGUAACUGAAAUAUCAUCUUACGACGCCACAAACUUGGUUUUUUAUGUCAACGGAAAACGUGUUGAGGAGAAAGAUGUGGAUCCUAAAAUGACGUUGGCCGCAUAUUUGAGAGAUGUUUUAAAACUAACCGGAACAAAAAUUGGGUGUAACGAAGGAGGAUGUGGAGCCUGUACGGUUAUGAUUAGUCAUAUUGAGGAUGGACAAAUUAGACACUUCUCCGCCAAUUCCUGUCUCAUGCCAAUUUGUGGUGUAUUUGGAAAAGCCGUGACUACUGUAGAAGGGAUCGGUAGUGUGGCCAAGAAUCGACUCCAUCCAGUUCAAGAGAGACUUGCUAAAGCCCACGGCUCCCAAUGUGGAUUCUGUACCCCUGGAUUCGUCAUGGCAAUGUAUGCUCUAUUACGAAAUAACCCAAACCCCACGAUCUCUGAUAUUAACUUGGGUCUUCAGGGAAAUCUGUGUCGUUGUACUGGUUACCGACCGAUUCUUGAAGCGUUUUACAGUUUUGCAGUUGAUGAGAGCGGAACUUUGAAGGUUUCCGAAGAAAAUGGUUGCGGUAUGGGCGAGAACUGUUGCAAAGUCAAAAAGCAAAACGGGACCACAAACGGGACUUGUGGAUCGAACGAGGCCACUCCUGGAUAUACAGGAGGAGAGAGGAAAAGAAAAAUCCAACUGAGUGACUUGUCAGGCAGCAAACCUUAUGACCCAACACAGGAACUCAUCUUCCCGCCAGAGCUGAAACUCCAUGGAUAUGAAUCCAUGUCGUUUGCCUAUAAUCAUCAUCACACGAAGUGGUAUCAGCCAGUUAGUUAUAACGACCUCCUCUGCCUGAAACGAGAACUUCCCCAUGCUCGUCUCAUGUCUGGAAACUCCGAGCUCGCUAUCGAACUGAAAUUCCGGUUCAUUGAUCUACCAGCUGUGAUAAAUCCACGUCAAGUCAAAGAACUCCACGCAAGACAUUUGGAUGGACACGGUGUUUAUAUGGGAACUGGCAUGUCUCUGACUGAUAUGGACAAUUAUUCUGUGCAGUUGAUGAAGGAGUUGCCGGAAGAACAAACCGGUGUCCUAAAACAUGUUCAUGAGAUGCUCCAUUGGUUCGCUGGAAUCCACGUCAGAAAUGUUGCGUCCGUCGCCGGUAACAUCGCCACAGCGUCCCCAAUCUCUGACCUCAACCCAAUUUGGAUGGCCUCUAACGCUGAAGUCAUUCUGGAUUCAGAUGCCCGAGGAGAGAAAAGAGUGCACAUCGACGAGAAGUUCUUCCUGGUAUACCGUAAGACAGUUAUCCAACCUGAUGAGAUUAUAAAGGCAGUCGUUGUUCCAUUGACUCAUGGAAAUGAGCAUUUCGCUGCUUAUAAACAAGCACAACGACGAGAAGACGACAUCGCAAUUGUCACUGGAGCAUUCUUGGUGAAGUUGGAUCCUGAGGGAUUGAUUGUUGAGAAUAUCAGAAUAUCUUAUGGAGGAAUGGCUCCGACCACUAUUCUCGCGUUAAAGACAAUGGAGAAGUUGAAGGGACAGAAGUGGUCACAAGAGUUUUUGAAUCAAGCCUUGGCACUGCUCAGUGAGGAGUUGAAGCUGCCUGCUGGGGUACCCGGAGGAAUGUCUCAAUACAGAUUGUCAUUGGCAUUGUCAUUCUUCUUCAAGUUCUUCCUGGAGGUGUCAAAGAAAUUGAAUCUGACAGAGAUUGAACAUGUGGACGCCGAUGUGAAGAUAGGGCAGGAUGUACCAGAGACCUUGUAUGCAACACAACUUUAUCAGGAAGUGAACGCCAACCAACCCGCCCAUGAUCCUCUCGGCCGCCCGAUCAAACACGUGUCUGGAGAUAAACACACUACUGGAGAAGCAGUCUAUGUAGAUGAUAUCAAUGUGGCUGACUGCCAACAUAUCGCAUUCGUUCUCUCCCCAAUUGCUCAUGGAACCCUCAACUCGAUUGACUACACAGCUGCAUUAGAAGUGGAUGGAGUCAUUGGAUACCUGGAUGCUUCUGAUGUGACGACUGGUGCCAAGAUGGGACAUCAUAAUGACACUCCUGUUUUUGUUAAGGAGAAGAUUACAUUCCAUGGACAACCGAUUGCAGCGAUUGUGGCGACAGAUCAUGAGAUUGCGAGGAAAGCGGCGAGUUUGGUGAAGUUGGAUUACUCGGUGGAGAAACCGAUUGUUACUAUUAAGCAAGCGCUGGCAGCCGAGUCCUUCAUCUUCAAACAUCUUGUCAUUCAUUCCUCUCUUAACAACAACGAACAAGUCGUUAAAACCGACUGGUCAAAAUACGAGCGAGUCGUUGAAGGAGAGAUAGAUAUGGGUGGACAGGAGCACUUUUAUUUGGAAACCCAACAAUGUGUUGUCAUUCCACAUGAAGAUGAUGAACUGGAGAUUAUAACCAGUAACCAAUGUGUGAAUGAUGUUCAAAUUGAAGUGGCCAAGUGUCUUGGAAUGGCUCAGCAUAAGAUUCAGACAAAAGUGAAACGAAUCGGAGGAGGAUUCGGUGGAAAAGAAAGUACGGGGUCGAUUCUUGCGGUGCCGGCUAGUUUGGCAGCGAAGAAAUACGGGAAACCGAUGAAGAUUAAGUUUGAGAGAUUCGAUGAUAUGGCGAUCACGGGAACGAGACAUCCAUUUACGCUGCAAUAUAAACUAGCCGUCGACGAAAAUGGAAAAUUCAUCGAUUUGGACUACACAGCCAUGUCUAACUGUGGACACACUCUCGAUUUGUCUAUGGGAGUCAUGCAACGCGCCAUGGUACACGCCGACAACGUGUACAAGUUCGCCAACGCUGACAUCACCGGAAAAAUGUGUAAAACCAACCUGGCAUCCAACACAGCAUUCCGCGGAUUUGGUGGUCCACAAGGAAUGUUUGGAACUGAGAUAAUGGUGAAACACGUGGCAGAGAAGUUCGGAUGGAAUCACGAUGAAAUAAGAGAGAAGAAUUUCUAUGAAGAAGGAGAUUGUACUCCAUUUGGAAUGCAUUUGAAUCAGUGUAAUGUGAAGAGAACUUGGGAUGAAUGUCGAGUGAAUAGUGAUUAUGAUAGGAGAUUGGAGGAAGUGAACACGUUCAAUCAAAACAACAAGUUCCGUAAACGUGGAAUCUACUUGACUCCAACUCGAUUCGGAAUCGGUUUCGGACUGAAACAACUGAAUCAAGCGGGUGCUCUUGUAUUGGUUUAUACCGAUGGAAGUGUACUUGUAUCUCAUGGAGGAAUGGAAAUGGGGCAGGGAUUGCAUACCAAGAUCUUGCAGAUCGCCGCUCGCUGCCUGGAAAUCCCAAUCGAAAAAGUUCAUAUCCAUGACACCUCCACCGACAAAGUACCAAAUGCAUCGGCAACAGCUGCAUCUGUUGGAAGUGAUAUGAAUGGAUUAGCGGUUCAAGAUGCUUGUAGACAGAUUAUGGAGAGAUUGGCUCCAUUCAAGAAGUUGAAUCCAGAUGGAAGAUGGGAAGAUUGGGUCAAGUCGGCAUACGUGGAGAGGGUCUCUUUGGCGGCGUCAGGAUUUGGAAUAAUCCACCACGAACCAGUCGACUUCUUCAAUGGAAAAGGAGCUGAACUAUUCGGUUACUCCGUCUAUGGAACAGCUUGUUGUGAAGUUGAAAUAGAUUGUCUCACAGGAGAUCAUCAUCUACUCCGUACUGACAUUGUUAUGGAUGUCGGGGAGUCACUGAAUCCAGCAAUCGAUAUUGGUCAAAUUGAGGGAGCAUUCAUCCAGGGAUAUGGGCUAUUCACAAUGGAAGAAAUCAAGAUUCGACCGGAUGGAAUUCGAUUGACACGUGGACCUGGAAACUAUAAGAUCCCAUCUGCUGAUGAUGCUCCGAAACACUUUAAUGUCUCUCUUCUGGGAAAUAGUAGCAAUAAAAUGGGAAUCUUCUCGUCGAAAGCUAUCGGAGAACCACCACUUUUCCUCGGAAGUUGUGCAUUCUUUGCGAUUCGAGAAGCUGUUAGAGCAUACCGAAUUCAGAAUGGAAAUGAGGACUACUUUGUGUUCCACUCCCCAGCAACUCCCGAAAGAAUCCGUAUGGCUUGUGAAGACUUUGUCACUUCUCAUUUACCAUCACUCCCUGAGGAAGGCACGUAUACUCCAUGGACCGCUUCUGUUUAA